GGCUUUUUAUGCAGCACCCCCCUUGCUGUCUAACUACUACGCAUUAUUUUGUUGGCUCCGAGAUUUAGACGCCGAGUUCCACACUUUUCUAUCACUUAUAUAACCAGUUCACAUCUCGUUUGGUCUUUCAUCGGACUUUAUUUCCAACUUUCUUGACACUGACAUUACAUACUCUCCUAAGGUGCCCUCUACCUUAGCUAUCCUUUCCCACUGUCACUCGCAUAUAUCACGCUUAGUGUGUUUCCAUACCUCAUAUUUUUAUUCAUCAGCAUCUCUCCUUUUACCUUACUCUUACCCAUAUACAUCAUGUGCUUCCAAGACGACUACUGUGUGGUUGACGGCAACUUGUGUACCCCGGGUGCUAUAUACUGCUCUGACGCUUGUCGCUUAGCAGACUUGAAUCGUUCGAUCGAUGUGACGGAAUCGAUUUUGAAACUUCCUUACUUAGAACAGCCAGGAGACGAGCCUCAUUACCAUGGCACGUGUGCUCAUUCCCCACAGCAGCCUUUUAGCCCCCUGAUACACACAGACGCGCCGUUUAGCAAUUUCCAUCAUAGCCACAGCGAAAGUGCGAGCCCACCGCGUGAUUACAAUGCUAUGGAUGUUCAGUUGUUGUACGAAUCUCAGUUCUUUGGCUCUAGGAAGAGUACUGUUUCUGAACCUACCAUCCUUGACUUGAAUUACACGUUCAGUGCCGAUAUUUUUGAUCCUUCCGUAUAUCAAACAGAGUCUCUUCAAUUGUCGGUAAUGGUUGAUGACUUAAAGUUCGAUGUGAUAGAUCUCGAUCAAAAUUACAGAAGCAACAGACAAGACACGAGUUAUAUAUCCAACAACUACCGGACGUGGUUGUUGUCUUGUACUCAUUAAGUCCCCGUUUUACUUGCAUUUCCCUUGCUUAAGCUGGUCUUAGCUAUUCCGGGUUGCAUUUUGCUUAAAUCUACCCCACAUGCGUAUUUCUCCUACUCCGGUCACAGGAGCGGCCGCCUCGUUGCAUAUUACUCGAAAGCCCUAGUACUAGCCUCAAAACUCACCCUAGGAUUCUUGUAUCUUUUUUUUUCUUCUUAGUUGUAUCUUGGCUUCAUGGGUUAUUAUUUUGCUUCUCACAUUGCUUGAUAUACCGCCUAAAGCAAAUGGUUCCAGUAGCUAUUUGAAUUUAUAAUUGAUGUAUGAUCAGA